UGCAGGACAGCGCGGGAGCGGAAAACGUGCAGUGUGUACGGGAAGAGUAGUGCUGCGCUUUCAGGUGCCAAAACUGUGAAUAUGGCUCGAGAUUACAAACCCGGGGAUCUGAUUUUUGCCAAAAUGAAGGGAUAUCCCCACUGGCCUGCCAGAAUUGAUGAAGUCCCCGACGGUGCUGUGAAACCGUCCAACAUCAAGUUCCCCAUCUUUUUCUUUGGCACCCAUGAAACUGCAUUCCUUGGUCCAAAAGACGUAUUUCCUUACCAUCCUAACAAAGAGAAGUAUGCAAAGCCUAAUAAAAGAAAGGGCUUCAAUGAAGGCUUAUGGGAGAUUGAGAACAAUCCAAAUGUUGAGUUAACUGCACCCAAGCCGACUACUCUGGAUACGAUGGGCGGGAAAGGUUCUGACGGCGGUCCAGAGGGUGACGAAGACUGUGACGUCAAAAAGCUGAAAUUCAAAGUUCCAGAAAGUGAGGCUGGACAAGAGAAUGAGGAGGAGGAGGAGAUGAUGAUGGAGGAGGAGGAGGAGGAGGAGGAGGAGGAGGAGGAGGAGGAAGGGUCUCUGGAGGUGUCUGGUCAGGGCCCUGAAAGCCAGGAUGAUUCUUCACAAAAGGGAACCUCAGACGCUGCUAACCCAAAAAGAGGGAGAAAGAAAAAGGGUGAUGGCGACCAGGACUCUGAGAAGGAGGAGGACCCUGCCAGUCCAGCCAGCCCCUCAGGUGGAGAAGGUCCUAAGCGGCGAGGAAGGAAGCCCAGGUCUGAGAAGAGCCUCUCCCUCCAGCAGCAGGACCUCCAGGGCUCUGGCAGUGAAAUGGACUCUGCAGAGUCGGACAGGAAGAGGAAGCGGACAGCGGAGGAGUUCAGGAGUGCAGAGCAGCAGCAACAGGAGAGGAAGAGGAAGGAGGAGAGCAAGGUGAAGGAAGGGGACGGGAAGGAGCCCGAGGCCAAGAGGAAGAGGCAGCCCAAGGAGGACAGCUCCUCCGGCUCGGAGGACGAGGAGAAAAGCAAGAAUCGAAAGAGAACCCCCAACUCCAUGGACAGUGACAAGGAUGUAAGGCGGCGCAAGGCAGAUGAAUUCAGGGAACAAAGCAAAGACGAUGCAAAGAAAGGUGAAGAGAGGAAAGGGGAUAAGAAAAAAGAAAUCUCAACAGAAUCCAAACUGCAAAGGUUGCAUGGGGAAAUCAAAAUAUCUCUAAAAAUCGACCACCCGGACGUGAGGAAGUGUUUGGAGGCGCUGGAUGAGAUUGGCACGCUGCAGGUGACCACGCAGCACCUGCAGAAACACAGUGAACUCAUCGCCACGCUGAAAAAGAUCCGCAGGUUCAAGGCCAGCCAGGACAUCAUGGACAAGGCCAGCAUGCUGUACAACAAGUUUAAGAGCAUGUUCCUGGUGGGGGAGGGGGACUCCAUGAUCAGCCAGGUGCUCAAUAAGUCCAUCGCUGAGCAAAGGCAGUAUGAGGAGGCCAAGAAGGGAGCGCUGAAAAGAGCCGAACAAGCCCGGGAAAUGAAUGCAGAUAACAAGAUCUCCAAUGGUGAUUUCAACUUGUUAGACAAGAAGGAUACUGAGAGGGAAAAGGCUGAUGAGGAGACCACACUUGGAGAUAAUAGUACUGGGAAAUGCGUGGAAGAUGCCAUUUGAGUCAACAAACCUUUCUGGAGAAAUUACUUUUCCCUCAGUUUUCUUACAUGACAUUGUCUUAACGUAUAUUUAAAAAAACUGGCAUCAGAUUCCAAUACUGCGCCUAUCGAUGUGCCUCAGUUCUGUGAAAUGCAUAUGGUUUGUCCACAGGUAACAUUGUCAAAAACUUUUUUUUUUUUGCUUUUAGUUCGGCUGUUCACUAGGAUGGCUUGCUUAAAAAAGAAAUUCAAAACGCACAUUUGAUUCAGAGAGGUUUCAAGCUGCCAAACCCUGGGUUUAAUAGAGAUGUUGAGUAUUUGAAUGUUGUUAUUCAAGAGAAGAAGCUGUUCACAAUGUUCUUUGUAUAAAAGCCAAGUUAGUGGAUUAAGUAGUUUCACCAUUGUAUUCUGAGGUCUGUUUUUCAGGUGUACAAUAGAGAAGUGAUGGACGCCAAAGUUUAUUUUGCCAAAACGUGCUUUAAUUCAAUCAUGUUUUAAAUGUUUCUCUAACAAAUGUAAAUAAGAGUAUUUUCCUGUCUAUCAUAGCGUCCUCUAAUAAAGCGGCAGUUUCUCAAAUGUUUCCCGUUAGGUGUUGUUUUGAUGAUAUUGCAAAACAAAUUUUUGCAAUGAAGAAAUACCUAUUUAUUAAUCAUCUCAAAUUCAUCAUGUAAUUAGCUACCACAGGUAACGAUGUGGCCUUAUCCGUCAUUACUAAAUAAUAUUCAAUGGACACUCAUGUGAAAGGUGGAAAAACAUUUUACAAAAUGCACAUGGGUCAAUUCAACCUUUUCAAACUACAGACAAUACCUGGUUUUCCUUCAUCAGAGCACUGUCCAUACAAAUAAGAAAUAAACAGUGUUGCAAAACAUUUACAGAAAGUGCUAUAUUGUUCAAUUUCCACCAGAUAAACUGAAUGAGCAUAUUGGUUUUCCCCAUGAAGCAUUAACAGGAACAUGAACAGUCUUGAACACAACAUCCGAAAGAAAAUCCAUUUAAACUUUGUUUGGAGACUUCAGUUGAAUGCACCUGGGUCGACGUAGGGGUACGCUUGGAAGUCCCCCAACUUGUUUCCCUGGUCGUCGUAGUGAAGCAUCCGGAAGCAUUUGUCACAGAAGAGGCACGGGUCGCACGGAGCGUACUUGUCGUUUGACGUCAGCCAUCUGGAUUAUUACCAAUACAAAAAUUAAUCUUCCAUCAUCUUUGAAAGUUCACAUUAACGGACUUAAACACUUGUUAUAAACACCUAUUGUUGAUGCACAUCGGAGCCCAGGUCCUAUUUUACGACUGCAGCCUUUUACUUUGACGAGGCUAAACUCUUUCUGUAGACGCCACUACUUCACAGACAUUGCUGCAAUGGGCUUAAUAGGACCAAAACGUCAAAUGUAUAAACCAUAUCUAUAAGUAGCAGAUAUUCCUUUUAUUCACAUAUUACAACAACUCAUGGUUCUAUCUCAGAUAGGAGGUUAGAGAUUUCCAUGAGAGUUGGCAGCACUGAAAGUAGUUAUUUAUUUGCGGUACCAUUUUUCUUUCUUAAAAAAGCCUGGCCAUUUGUUGUGACAUGUGAUUUUAACUUGCCUGCCAAUGUAGAGAUGGCAGACGGUGCAUCUGCGUGUGGUCACCCUGUGCUUGUGGGUCAGGAGAGGGUAGAGCUUCUUAUCCAGACAGUCAGUCUUAUGGGACAGUCUGAAAGAUUGCAACAAGAAACACACUGAGAUGAGCCCAAUACUUCCAUUGAAACGCAUACUAGAAUGAUAAUUAAUGACAAACAUUGUCAAUGGGCAGGACGCUGAUCAUAAUUAUUUGGCCUGUUAAGCUCUUUGAGACUGUAAUGGUGAUUAAGGGCUAUGCAAAUAACAUUUUAUCUUUAGGUCGGAGGUUUUUCCAGUCCAACGGCUCUGGUUCAAACCCCAAUGUGUGCAACAAUGUAUGUGUCGACAUCCCUUGACCCGCUCCAUAAUGUAUCUUAAAUUCAUUGCAACUUGUCGAUAAAAGCAUCUGCUAAAUAACAAUAGCUAUAUUUGUUUAUAAGUCAUUAAAUAUUUCAAUUCUUGAUAAUAAAUUGCUUUGAGCUUUGAAAUAAAAACAGGGUGCAUUUGUCACAUUCAUGACGUGGAUGCAUUCCUGGUAAGAUGUGACGCUGUGAUCAUGCCAGAUAUUUCCAGGAACUAAAAAUGGAUGCCUUUUUUAUUUUAUUUAUAACCUACUUCACUGUAUGUAGAAAGUAAGCAUGUCAGAAAUAACGUGCAUAGGUGGUUAGAAUUAGUCUUGAAUUGAUCGUACUUGCCUUACAUCUGUGAUGAUUACAAGGUGCUCACAGUCUCCUUGGUGACAGUAGAGAUAGGGGAAGCCCACUUUGAUUUUCAGAUCAAUAAACUUGGUGUCCUCCAUCUUGGCUUUCUCGUAGGAAGGGAAGUUGUGGCUCUUUGCCCAUUCAAUCGUGGUGCUGCGGAACACAACCAUGACAAUUCAAAUAAGAUAUUUUCUAAAUGUCUUUACAUUUCACUGUUCUCUCCCUUGUAAGUUCUUUUGGAUAAAAGAACCAAAUUAUAAAUGUGAAUCCAAUAUAAACGACAAGAUACAUCUAGAACAUCAUCGCUAUGAAUAUCGCUAUGUUACAAUGCAUAAUAAAGGCUGUAUACUGAUGAUUAAUUACACACAGACAUGUGGUUUUAAGUGUUCUACACAUCGGUGUUGGCACUUCAAAUUUGAAUCAAAUAAUCAUGAGAAUACAUAGCAGGUCUUUCAUGCAUGU